AUGUUUGAGUUUAUGGAAAUUUUCGAAAAACUUCGAAUCGAAAACAUUUUAGUCUUUCAAAAUGAUAGUCGAAUUGAGGAAUAUCAUCAGCAAAUUGAUCUACCAACAAAAUAUCAAUUCAAUUAUCGGUGAGCUUUGGGGGAAUUUUUUUAAAGUUUGAGAACAUUUAAUAAAUUUCAGACAAAUAUUGCUCAUGUUAAAUUUGGCCUACGCAAUUCCCUCAUUUUAUAUUUAUUCAAAAUGUCGAAAAUUGCUCAAGAAAAAUUCAAAUAAUCAUUUCAACACUAUUUUCAGCAAUGAUUUCUAUAUUGUGAGUGUUGAAGUUUUGUUGAAAAAAUCCUGAAAUUUAAUUUUGCUCUCUCGCAGAAUGUUGCAUUAUUCAUAAUUGAUAUAAUUUCAACUCGUCUUCCAAUAUCAGGUCUAAUCAAUAAUUAUCCAUCAUUUCUUCCAUCCGGUUAUUUUCUAACUAUUAUUUAUUUCCUUUCUUAUUAUCUUAUUUAUGCUAAUUAUUUUUCAAUCACUCUAAUUUGUCUAAAUCGAAUGACAAGUGUAGUUUUUCCACAUGUUUCAAGUUGGGUGAGUUAUUUUAUUGGAAGUGGAAGGAAAUACGUUUCAAAAUUAAUAGAUAAAAAAUUGAGAUAAAUUUAAUAACCAAUGAAUUUCUCACCAUUCACAAAGCAAACAUCAAGAAUAAUUAAAAUAUGUUUAAUUAUUCAAUUAAAUAGUUUGAUGCGACUGAAUCUAAUUAAUUAAAAAUAAAUAAAGUGCGCAAACUUCUAUGUGAAAAUUUGGAGCUGAUGAACCCGUAUUGAGAGUCGAAUUCGAAAAUUGAAAAUGAAAAACCAUCAAAACUAGAAAUUCUCAAUGGAGCACAUUUGCCAAUGAAAGAUUCAAUUUUCCGGGGUGAAUUUCGGCGGGAAAUUUAAAUUUAAAUGUUGCUAGUAUUCCAGCUCUGGCGUUCAUAUCUCCAUCAUUCAAUCCUUCUAAUCUACAUACUUUCCCUAAUUCCAACUUGGCAUAUGUUAACCUAUAUUCCAAUAUUCAUUCCUUUGGAAAUCAACAAUUCUAGAUAUCAAAUGAUAUAUCAAAUUACAUAUAUUCCAAAUUAUCUUCGAAAUAGUACGGGUCUUGCAGCAUGUUCAUUUUUCUUGGCGCUAAUUUGAAUAUUUUUGAAUUUCGCAACAAUUUUCAAAUUUCGUCAAAAACCAAUGGUAAGAUAAAUGAAUGUGGUGAAACUAAAUCUGAAGGUGGAAAUAUGUAAUUUCAGACUCAAAAACAUCGUGCAAAACGAAUUGAAAUCGUCAUGUUUGCGAUUGCUUUAGUCGCUUGCUCAUCUUUAGUUCUUCAAUGUAUUAUUCAGGUUUGUAAAGAAUGAGCUAUGACGUGCCAAAUGGAGGUCAUCCAGAUUCCCUAGUCAAAAAUGAGCAAUGUAUAUAUCUUGCUCUCAAAAUUGCUUUCAAUAAUCAUCAUGACUAACUAUGUAGAUCUAGAUUAAUAAUUCCAAAAAUUCCCCGGAGAAAGGGUGAAGUUUGAUGUGAUGAUUCCAAAAAAAAAUGUGACUAGACUAUAAUCUUGUGAGAUACUGAUGAUGUGGUAAAAAACGUCAAAAACCAUAUUUUUUGGGAAAAUUUCUCCUCGAAUCCAAUUUUAGGGCAAUCGAACUAUUGGUAAAAGCAGAAAAAUAAAAACAAAAAUACUAUUAAAAAACUAAUUUCCGUCUGAAAUCUAUGCUCUGAUAAAAAAAUGUUUUGUAUUCUGUACUUUUUAUUUUUAUUAUUCUACAUAGAUUUAAAAUGUUACUACAAAAUUGAUAGGCCCAAUAUAUAUUCAUUUUCCAAAUCUAAUUUUGAAAGUGUACGCAAAAAAAUGCGUCGCAGUGUUUACACAAAACAAUCAUCGUGACAAGGUGACAUUUAAAAUUUAAAAAUCACAAAAUUUUCCCGGCUUUUAUCAAAUUUCAUGACUCCGGAAUGGUCCCUUUCACAUUCCUAAGCUUUCAGGAAAACCGGAAUAAUGUUCUAUUCUCUUUCAAUUUUCCAGCUAACAAUAAUGAUAUUCACAAAAAACGAGGUGAUUCGCGACACAGCUCAAGGACUUCGCAAUUUCUGUUUGGAUUUAUCAAUUUGUGCUCCCCCUUGGAUUCUCUAUUUCUCAACAAAUUCUCAUAAACAAACAGGCUCUCUUCAAUCAUCAACUGAAGUAUCAAAAAAGUAA